UAUAUAUAUAUAGGUGAUGUAUAUCAUUCCGCUAACAUAGUAUUCAUAAAAAUCAAGGAAAUGGGUUCUCUAAUGGCAGGAUGGGAUUCCCCGGUAGAUGAUCCUAAGACAGUGAAAAGGACCAAAUCAUUUACUAAAGAAGAAAUCGAAGCUUUUUGGAGGUUAAAGAAGAAGACUGAAGAAGAACAUCUCCAAGCAAUCUCCAAGUUACUUGAUAAUGAAGAUGUCGAGAGGAAAGAGGCGCAAGAUAACACGGCCGAAGGAGCAUCUGAGAAACAGAACAAUACAAAAGGAUGGUGGAGACGAAGCAGCUGGGCGUUUUUGAACGAGCCAAGGGAGGCCGAGGGACGACCGAACAACUACGUUCCUCAGUUCGACGUUGCCCACGUGGGAAAAUCGCACGAUGUCGAUAAUAACAGCGCGAUUAGCGCCUAAUCUCGGGGAUUAUUCGCCUCUAAUCACUUAGUUUUGGUCCAACGGUGGCAAAUGGUUUGUGUUUACCAAACUUGUAUGCGUUAUUUUAUGUGGGAUGGGCAGUUUCGGGGAUGUGUUUCAGUUUUUUUUUGGUAAGAAAUGGACAUUAGAGAGCUGAAGUUAUUUGAUUUUACCUCCCUCUGUAAUUGUGUAUGUGUAUGUAUAUAUAUAUAUAUAUGUUUGUUUUUGUAUAUA